CUGUUUGACUUGAAUAACCUAUUAAACUUGAAUGCUAUCAUGGUCUACAAUUAUUGUCUCAAUUGUAUGGUUUACGAAGCAAUAGCGAGAAGAUCCCAUAACACCAUUUCAGCUAAAGUAAAUAGUUAAAAAUGAAUCAUAACGAAAGCUAAAAAGUAAAAACAUUGUGAUUUGUGUAACAAUCGCUGGUAUGAUUUUUCAAAUUCUUUUAAUUACUUUUAUUUCCAUCACUAGCAUUUUGUCUCUUUCACUGGUAUUUUUAUUGUAUAAUGAAUCCACUUGAUAAAACAUAAAACAGAAGUUUCAUUUUUCAGGUAAUAGGUUAAUUUUAUAUAUAAAAUAUUUAUCCUUUUAUAUUUACAAAUUCCAAAUCAUUGUUAUGAACCAUCAUUAUCCAUGCUUAUUGUUUAUUACUUAUAGCCAUACUUAUUUAUUGUUUGUAGAAAACAGUGUACCCUAACAUUAAAAGGAAUCUAAUAUAGAAUUCAAUGGGAAAAAGGGACCAAAUUAGUAAGAGAAAUAAAAAUCCACCAAAGAAUUCAUCAAAAGAAAAGCUACCAUUUUGGUCAUAAUUAUAUGAACAAAUAUAGCCAUACUCAUUAAAUAUUUUAGGGGAAAAUAAAUCAGUCAACCAAUCAAAUUAAGAAAAUAAAAAGAAUCCAAAGAAAAAAAAUGAUCAAAUUGGUUAAAAAGUAUAUAAAUUCCAGCACAGAAUUCACAAGAAAAGCUUGGAUCAUAGUAAGACUAGAAAAUAUAAGCUACAAAGUGACUACAGUAUAUCCAUUCUUCGAAUCCCAGAUGUCAACGAUCUAAACCGUCCAUUUCAAAUCACAGGAAAGAUUAACCUCUAAGAAUCGUAGUGUACGCUAGGUCAUAACACAGAGAACCAUUUAACCCCCUUUCAAAUAAAAGUAAAUAGUAGUAUUCCACAAGAAAAAUAAAAAUUUUAAUUUAAUUAUUUUACCUUCUUUUUUUUUUCCUCAUAAUCAUUUUGUCUCUUUCCCCGCUCUCUCGCUCUCGCCGCCGUCUGCGUAACGGUCUCCGGCCGCAUUACGCCGAUCAUUCUGUUCCCUCCGCCGACGUUUCGAUACCGUUUCCGCCGAAGUCUAUCUUGAAGUGUUCCGAUUCGAUUCACUUUCCGAAACUUUUUUCUUUUCUUCAGAAGGUGUGCACAAUGAUUGGAUCGUUUCUAACAAGAGGGCUUGUAAUGGUAUUUGGAUAUGCGUAUCCUGCUUAUGAAUGCUACAAAGCGGUUGAGAAGAAUAAGCCUGAGAUGCAACAGCUUCGGUUCUGGUGCCAAUAUUGGAUUUUGGUGGCUGCUUUGACCAUUUUUGAAAGAGUUGGCGAUGCUUUUGCUUCCUGGGUUCCGCUAUACAGUGAAGCAAAGCUGGCAUUUUUCAUAUAUCUUUGGUUCCCCAAGACCAGAGGAACUACAUACGUUUACGAUUCCUUCUUUAGACCAUAUGUUGCGAAGCAUGAAAAUGAAAUUGACCGUAACUUGAUUGAGCUAAGGACCAAAGCUGGAGAUAUGGCAGUUAUAUACUGCAGAAAAGCAGUGUCCUAUGGACAAACAAGAAUCACAGAAAUCCUGCAGUUUGUAGCUCUACAAUCAACACCAAAACCUCAGCCUAAGGUAAAGAAGCAGGCAGAAGAGGAGGAACAGAAACAACCGGAUCUUAAGACGACGAGCCAAGCAGCUUCCAAUCCUCAAGCGCGUCUGCAAUCAAAGAAACCACAGCUUCUAACCAAAGAACCUAUAUCAUCAACAAAGCCUCUUUCAUCCUCCCCGCGUAAGCAGCUGCAACAACAACAACAACAACAAACAGAGAUCAAAGAAGCAAAAGCAAGCGUGUCGCAAACCAAACUCACUACUCUAUCUCCACCAGGACCACCACCAUCGCCCUCAACCGCCACGAAGCCAAACUCUGAUCCGCCGCAGCCAUUGUCAACAGAGGAAGAGAAAGCGGCACCGAUUGUUGCAGCCUCACCACAACCAGCGUCUGCGAUUCAGCGAGCGUCUUCUGCGAAAGAGACGAUAAUGGAGGAAACACUAAGGGUCACUCGCGGGAGUCUGAGGAAAGCUCGUUCAACGGGAGUACCGCGCUAAAUAAGCAAACACACAAGUUCACAACUCUUACCUUUUAUAAUGGUUUUUUUCUAAAACAGGAAUAAUCGAUUCUAUUAAACGGUGUUAUUUGUCGUUUUAGUUCGAUGUAAAUUUUUCAGACUUCAGACUUAUAUUGGAUCUUGCUCUGUUCGUUUGAUGUAGAAUUUUCAGAGUCUUCA